GAGACAGGACUCUACAUUCCCCCAGAAAACUAACUCUCUCAAACUCCAUCUCUCCAUCAUUUCUCCUUUUUCCUGAAAAGUUUGUGGGUUUUUCUUUUUUUUUGGGUUCUGUCCCUGCAGACAUUUUCUACCCCGUUCCCCCUGGGAUUUUGUUUUAGGUUUUCUGGUACCCUGAGCCAUGGAGCUGUCGGAUAUCUCUUUCCCCAUCCCCGCCGCGGAUGACUUCUACGACGACCCGUGCUUCAACACGAGCGACAUGCGCUUCUUCGAGGACCUGGACCCGCGGCUGGUCCACGCGGGGCUCCUGAAGCCGGACGACUCCUCCUCCUCCCCCUGUUGCUCCCCGUCGCCCUCCCCUUCCUCCUCCCCCACCUCCUCCUCCCCGGAGGAGCACGUCCGCGCGCCCAGCGGCCACCACCAGGCGGGCCGCUGCCUGCUCUGGGCCUGCAAGGCCUGCAAAAGGAAGACCACCAACGCGGACCGGCGGAAGGCGGCCACGAUGCGCGAGCGCCGCCGGCUCGGCAAGGUCAACGACGCCUUCGAGACGCUGAAGCGCUGCACGUCGGCGAACCCGAACCAGCGGCUGCCCAAGGUGGAGAUCCUGCGCAACGCCAUCAGCUACAUCGAGUCGCUGCAGGCGCUGCUGCGGGGCGGACAAGACGACGGCUUCUACCCGCCGCUGGAGCACUACAGCGGGGACUCGGACGCCUCCAGCCCGCGCUCCAACUGCUCCGACGGCAUGACGGAUUUCUCCGGCCCGACCUGCCACUCAAACAGAAGAGGAAGUUACGACAGCUCUUAUUUCUCAGAAACUCCAAACGGCGGUCUGAAGAGUAACCGCAGCUCGGUGGUCUCCAGCCUGGACUGUCUGUCCAGCAUCGUGGAGCGGAUCUCCACCGACGCCAGCAGCCUGCUGCCGCCCGACGGCCCCGGGACCUCGCCAUCCGACCCAGCUGGCGAGGCGGUAGCGGCAGCGGCCCCGGGGCCCGUCCGGGUCCCCUCCCCGACAGCCAGCCACAACCCCAACCUCAUCUACCAAGUCCUAUAGACCCCUCACAGCCUAACCGUGCGCUCACAGCGUCCACUCACACCACCGGGAAAAUAACACUUUCACUCACUUUCAUUUUGAAAAAGAUUUCGGGCUGAACCGAAUCCUCACAACCUGUUUACAGCAGCGGUUAAGUUUUAUCAUUUAAAAAAACUAAAGUAAUCUGGUUUUAGUUCCCUUUUUAACAGUGGUGUAGUCUAAUGUAUUCUAGUGGGUAUACUGUACCAUAUAUAAGAAUCUGCCUUUGGGGGGCAUAUCAUAGUGGGGGGUCUGAGUGUCCUCCCCAGAGAAGUUUUGAGCAUCAAAGACUUAAUUUCCUGUACUCCGAUACACUUUUAUGCCCCAAUUUAUGGUGGAAAUGCCUUUAUUUUGUGUAGAAGAAAACCACAGAUGACAAUAUAUGAAAAAUCUAAUGGAAAGUAUGUUGUUGCGUGCCAUUGGGGCAUUUUAAAGUGGGUCUAUGGAAAUCCUGGCACUUUCUUAGUGGGUAUACUGCGUAUACCUGCGUAUCACGUAGACUACACCACUGGUUUUUAAGAUGAAAAGUAUGGAAGCUCAAUCCUGCCGAGAAGAUGACAAUAAUAAUUAAAAACAAUAACAAUAAUUGAAUUUGAAAAGAUCAUUCGUAACUUUUUCGGUUCUUUUAGCAACGCGUUCUCGUGAACGGGUUCGUAUGAUGUAUCGCACGAAAACUUGAGCACAUCAACUCGUACGAUAUCCUACGAAAUUCUGACCGCCGGCUGGUCACGUGACAGUUAAGUUUAGCCGGGAAAAAGUGACUGUGAGUCGGGUACAGAGUACCGUGAGGGGACGGGCGUUUCAGAGGCCAUAGCAGUUAAGUUUAGACACCAAAACGACAAGUUAAGAUUAGAAAAAAGAUUGUGUUUUGGGUUAAAACAGCGGUUCCCUUAAGUAGAAACUCCCGGAACACAACCCAAAUAUCCCCCAUAACUGCGAUAGAAAGAUCUGGAAAUGAGCCUCGAGGUUACCUAGGCUACCUUACUUAAUUCAACAGCUUUAAAAUUCAGAAACAUAUCAAGGUGUCGGUGACAAUUGAUAAUCACUCUGAAUAAUAGUUACAAGAUAAAGUCGGAGCUACUAAUCAGUUAUAUAUCAUUAAUUAAAUUUGGACUCUUAUUUUGAAAAUGUUUAGAAUACUUUUUUUUAUUUAUUCAAUGUUUGACGCUCCUUUUGAAGUUUUUUGUCACAACAUUUAUAUCACACUUUUGUCGACGUUUUUCCGACAUCUGACACUGUCGUUUUUGACUCUUUAACUGGAAAAUUGAUUUUAAAAGAAAACAAAAAAGUGGGACGCUUUUAUCAUUUAUAAGUUUCCAAAUGUUUGAUUUAAGUAUUUUCCUGGCAGGAAUCAUCUUCCAUACUUGAGCAUAUUUGACCCCGCAAAUUCUCGUUCAUGCUGUUUAAAAUAAGUACAUUUUAGAUUUAGAUAAAAAAAAAUAAAAAAAUAAAAAACACUUGAAUGCUGGGAAAUGUAGUUUAACUGACGAACACAAAUAAGUUCAGUUCUUGCUGUUAUUUUUAAAAUUUUAUUUUAAGUUAUGAAAGAAUAGUUGAAAGGCUCAGCGGGAGUCGUUGAGACGGAUUUUUCUUCCUAUCUGUCCAAAAGUCUUUUUUUGAGGAAGGACGGAGGCCAAAAUAACCCCCCCCAAAAAAAAUCCAUUUACAUUCCUCCACUUUCGUCCAUCUAAAGUCGUAAAAAAUAAAUAAAAAUAAGCCCCAGCUGUUUUUAAUUCCCUCAGGUAGAAAACCCCCAAAAACGAUAACCCUGUGAUAUUUUUAGAAACAUGUCAUACAAUAUAACAGAUUCUCACUCCCAUCUGGUAAAAUACAGACGCUUGGUCAGGUGCCUUUGUCGUUGUUAUUGACGCUAAAAGCCUCCUUUAGCGUCAUCUAAAAACGAGCUUGGUCCUGAACCAGACUCCCUACACAGAAUUUCGACCUUGCAUACUACUCGCCACCGUGGUCGUUCUUAGGGUUACGUCAUCUUCAAGCGCCGUGUAGCUGCUGCUCUCCCAGGUGCGUUCUACAAACACGCUGAAGGGCGCCUUUUUACAAAUCGCUUCAGGCACUGACAGCCACAGCCCAAAUGUUCGUAUUUUACAACUUCCGAGUGAGAACAGGUUGAAAAUAACGCAGAUUUUCUGUAGAAAAACUGCAGGUAAAUCAGAAAUAAUUUGGGGUUGAAGUUGUUUUUUUUUUAAAGAUCUUCCUUCCUGUCAAAACAAAAAACUUAAUUCAUUUGUCGCUUUCAUUCACUGCAGCGAAGGACCACUUUUCUGUUUCUGUACAUAUUGUGUAAAUAAGAGCUGAUUUGUUCCAACUGAAAGUAUUAAUUAUGUAUUUAAUGUUUCCGGCCCUAUGUGCUUUUUUUCUUUUGUUUGUUGUGAAAAUGUUAAACUUUAUAUUUAUACGUCUGAAAACUGAGUGACUGUCAAAUGACUCAAUAAAUGAGAACUGCUUUAUUUAUACAAAACCAUAA